CCCGAGUCCACCAAGUGUCAGCGGGUCUCGGUGCGUCUGGGGAGGCCACGGAGUGGCGGACGUGCGGUUCAGAGAGGAUCUGCGCCCUGCGGCCGCAGGGUCACAGACGGUUUUGAGGUUGGAGCCGUGUUCCGGAGUUCAUCUGGACUCACCAUGCCGCUGGCUGUUGGAGGCCCCCCUGACUACACCCCCCCAGAUGGAGGCUGGGGGUGGGCAGUGAUGGUUGGAGCUUUCAUUUCCGUUGGCUUCUCCUGCUCCUUUGCCAAAUCCAUUACGAUAUUUUACAAGGAAAUUCAAGACAUAUUUCAUGCCAGCACCAGUGAGGUAUCAUGGAUCUCCUCCAUCAUGUUUGCCGUCAUGUAUGCUGGAGGUCCCAUCAGCAGUACCCUGGUGAACAAAUACGGCAGCCGCCCCGUGAUCAUAGCUGGCGGUUUCCUGGUUGGCAGUGGCUUGAUCACUGCAUCUUUCUGCAACACUGUGCCGGAGCUGUACCUAUGUAUCGGGGUCAUUGGAGGACUUGGGCUUGCCCUAAAUUUGAAUCCAGCUCUGACCAUGAUUGGCAAGUAUUUCUACAAGAAGAGACCACUGGCAAAUGGACUGACCAUGGCAGGCAGCCCGGUAUUCCUCUCAACCCUGGCCCCCCUCAACCAGAUUUUCUUUGAUAUAUUUGGCUGGAGAGGAAGCUUCCUGAUUCUUGGGGGCAUAUUGCUAAACUGUUGUGUGGCUGGAUCUCUCAUGCGGCCAAUCGGGCCCAAACCAGCCAAAGUAGGGAAAGAAGGGUCCAAAGAACAUCUUCAGGAAAUUGGAAAAUCUGAGGCAGGAAAGAAGGCCAGUGAGUCACAUGCAGAAAUGAAUGGUAGAAACCUCAAAGCAGAGAAGCAGUCAUUCUUCCAAACCAUUAAUAAAGUCCUGGACUUAUCCCUGCUCAGGCACAGAGGAUUUAUCUUCUACCUCUCUGGAAAUAUGCUAAUGGCUUUUGGUCUGUCUGCACCUCUGGUCUUUCUUAGUAACUAUGGAAAGAGUAAGCAUUUCUCAAAUGAGAAGGCUGCCUUCCUUCUUUCCAUUCUUGCUUUUGUCGACAUGGUAGCCAGACCGUCGAUGGGGCUGGUAGCCAACACAAAGCGGAUAAGACCUCGAGUCCAGUACUACUUUGCUGCUUCUAUUAUUGCAAAUGGAGUGUGUCAUCUGCUACUACCUUUAUGCUCGACAUAUGUCGAGUUCUGUAUCUACGCGGGAUUCAUUGGAUUUGCAUAUGGAUGGCUCAGCUCAGUACUGUUUGAAACAUUGAUGGACCUCGUGGGACCGCAGAGAUUCUCCAGUGCCAUGGGAUUGGUGACCAUUUUGCAAUGCUGCCCUGUGCUCCUGGGGCCACCGGUGUUAGGUCAUCUCAAUGAUAUAUAUGGAGACUACAAAUAUACGUACUGGGCAAGUGGUACAAUCCUAAUUACUUCAGGCAUCUAUCUCUUCAUCGGCAUGGGAAUCAACUACCGACUUGCAGCGAAAAAACAGAAAGCAAAGAAGGCAACGGAAAAUGAAGAGGAAGAGCAAAAAACAGUCACUAUAAUGGAAUCUUCAGGCACGGGAGGCCCCAUAGAGAAGAGUGUUCUCUUCUGA